GCUGUGCUUAAAAUAUACGGAAAUUCGGAGGUUAAAGUUGACUACUUGCCCUGUAGCAGGUUCUGAAAUGUGAUCUCGUCCAGUUCUGGCGGAAAGUGCCUGGGCUCCAGGUGGGCGGUGACCGCCCCGAAGCGGUCCGCUCUGGCGGUCUUGAGGAGAGCCCCGCGAGCGCCUCCAACUAUCUCCCGCGUGCGGAGACAAUGGGCCCACGUUCCAAAAGUAACGGCCCGCUGCCAGGCUCGCGCCACUGUCUGCCCAGCACCAACCGCCGAGUGAAGCAUUGCUCUUUGGCUGACUGCAACCUGACAGUCGGAGCCGGCUGCUACCGAGCGUCACCUAAUUAAAGCACCUGUCUUAGUCACUACACCACUCUGCCUAGUUUUGCCACCUUGGAAAAUGUGAAUGACACGGCUCCACACUGAUAAUGAAGGGCUUUUGCCCGGAACGUCGAUUUUUCCUGCUCCUCGGAUGCUGCGUGACCUGCUGUGCUUUUCCAGCACCACUCUAAUCCUGACUCCACAGUGACAAUCUCAGUCGUACUUUUGGCAUGAAUCGCUUUCAAACAGUGGAAGCCAUUUCAUUUUUUUUCAAAUAGCGCAUCAUAUUUCAAGCGGAAGUUUAACGACGGAGGUGCCGCAUGGAAACAGCGUUGUGUUGCUUAGUUCCUUUACACCAUGUCUUCGAAAAAGAAAAUUAAGUCCAAAAUGACCAGGGGCGAGGAGGAUGUGGGAGUGUCGCCGAAAGUACAGCCGGGUUGUUGCUCACCUGCAGCCCCAUCUCCUGGGACACUCCGAACAGCAGAAGCAGAGGGUAGGUUGGGCACACACCACCAAGCUUGUCUCUCACUGACCGUCACAGACAGUCUGGAGAAAGCAAAUGAGAAGGUUCCCAAAGCUUGCCGAAGAUGUCUUGCUCAAAUGGGUCUCAACAGCUUAAAAUUGGCAAAUCUCUACAUUGGUCGACCAAUCCUUCUUACCAGCACUGCUGGCAAACAGGAGGUUUGCACAGCAUGGCCUAUCCCAAGUUUCCCUGGGAGUAAGAUUGGGUUAAGUGAAGUUACCCAGAAGAAUUUAAAGGUCAAGGUGAAUGAUACAGUUGCUGUUGAACCACUGUUUGGUCCAGUAUUACAGGCAGAAGAAAUAUAUAUUACUUUACGAGAUCAAAAUGAUUUCUUCAGUAUAGAAGAAUUAGCAGACUACUUGUUGAGGAGUAUGGAUGGGAAGAUAGUAUUACCUGGCAACUUCCUGAACCUUGUACUUUAUGGUCGCACGUUUCACUUGAUACUGAAGAAGAUAAAAGGAGUGGAUGGUGCAGUGUUGGAGAUGCCGUCAACUGUCUCACUCAGUGAUUCACAACUGAAUGUAGAACCUUUACUUGAUGAAUCAGUAGAUGAGAAAACCGCAAUGGAUUUGUCCAGAGAUUUCAGUGAUUUGAUCAUAGAUGAAACCUCUGUCCAGAAAAACAAUGCUACUCCUGAUUCUCUUACUCCUCCAAUGGGUUCUCAAAAUAUACCCAUUGUAACCUGCAACAGUGUGGUGGGCAAUGAGAAAAUGCCAGAAUUGCACAAUGAUUCACUGUGCUCUUUAGCAAGUAACAAUGAAAAUAUUGAAAAAUCUGAAUCUGUUCAGGAAAGUGAAGAUCAGUGUGACCCCCCAGUAGAGAAGUUAAUCAUGAUGCCUGACAACUGCCUGAGAAGUAGCAGAGAUACAUUUUAUCAAAUCUCUUUCCUCACCCAAGUCAAGUUCAUGCAGGAACAAAACAAUGACGAGGAGAGGUUGCAAGAAUCCAAUUCUAGAGUCACUUAUGACAUGAUUGGAGGACUGGACAAUCAGCUGAAGACUAUUCGAGAAAUUAUCGAAUUACCUUUGAAACAACCACAGCUGUUCAAAUCCUAUGGAAUUGCGCCCCCUCGAGGAAUUUUGCUGUUUGGACCUCCUGGUACUGGGAAAACUUUGAUUGCCAGAGCUGUAGCUAAUGAAGUUGGAGCUCAUGUUUCUGUCAUCAAUGGACCUGAAAUUAUGAGCAAGUACUUUGGAGAAAGUGAAGCAAGAUUGAGACGCAUCUUUGCAGAAGCAACUCAAUGUCAGCCCUCAAUAAUAUUCAUUGAUGAGCUUGAUGCUAUAUGCCCAAAGCGGGAAGGAGCUCACCAUGAAGUUGAGAAGCGGGUGGUAGCAUCAUUGCUCACACUAAUGGAUGGUAUUGGCUCGGAGGGAAGUGAAGGACAGCUUAUUGUCCUUGGUGCAACAAAUCGUCCUCACGCCUUGGAUCCAGCACUUCGGAGACCUGGACGAUUUGACAAGGAAAUAGAGAUCGGUAUUCCUAAUGCUGAAGAUCGUGCAGAUAUCUUAAGAAAGUUUCUGAAGAAUGUUCCCACUUUGUUGACUGAGGUUGAACUGACACAGCUUGCCGAUGGGGCUCACGGGUAUGUUGGAGCAGAUCUGGCAGCAGUUUGUAAGGAAGCAGGUCUGCAUGCAUUGCGUCGGGCACUUGGAGAAUGCGCCAACCCUUCAGACAGUGAGGUAGCUGAAUCAGUGAAGAUAACCUUUAAUGACUUCCUGCAAGCGAUGAAUGAUGUCAGACCUAGUGCUAUGAGGGAGGUGACAAUUGAUGUGCCGAAAGUGUCAUGGUCAGACAUUGGAGGGAUGGAAAAUGUGAAGCUGAAACUCAAGCAGGCUGUUGAAUGGCCGCAUAAACACCCUGAAUCCUUUUCCAGAAUGGGGAUUCAACCUCCCAAAGGAAUCCUGCUUUAUGGGCCUCCUGGAUGCUCAAAGACUAUGAUAGCAAAAGCUUUGGCCAAUGAGAGUGGAUUGAAUUUCCUAGCUGUGAAGGGACCAGAACUGAUGAGUAAAUACGUUGGAGAGUCUGAGCGUGCUGUGAGAGAGAUCUUUAGGAAGGCCAGAGCCGUAGCACCUUCUGUCCUCUUUUUUGAUGAAAUAGAUGCUUUGGCUGUUGAGAGGGCCAGUUCUGCUGGUGCUGGGAAUGUGGCUGAUCGAGUCCUUGCACAAUUGCUGACUGAAAUGGAUGGAAUUGAACAGCUCCAUAAUGUGACAAUCUUGGCAGCCACCAACAGGCCAGAUAUGAUAGACAAGGCUUUGAUGCGUCCAGGACGAAUUGACCGUAUUAUAUAUGUGCCACUGCCCGAUGCAGCCACUCGAGCAGAGAUCUUCAGACUGCAGUUUCGUACCAUGCCAAUCAAUGAUGAUAUCAGCUUGGAUUACCUGGUAGCUAAGUCACAGAAAUAUUCUGGAGCUGAGAUCAUUGCUGUUUGCAGAGAAGCAGCCCUCUUGGCUUUGCAAGAAGAUCUUGAGGCCAAGAUAAUUAUGAAAAGACAUUUUGAACAGUCAUUUGAAAUUGUCACUCCAAGGAUACCUCAGAAGCUUAUGGACUUCUAUACUAAUUACCAGCAGCAAAGUGGACUUCAUAUGCUAUAAGAUUGAAAUGAAAUUUAUUUAUUGAAGACAUCAAAUUCAUUAUGAAAAAAAUUAAGUAAUAAAUUUGGAACCUCCAUGUGUUAAUUUCAACAAAUAAAGAUUGAUAUUUCAAAUCAA